GGAGUUCCUGGGAGCGGGGGGCGGAAGGGAGAGAACAUUUCUUCAUGAUUCGGCGAAUGUCAUCAAACCGCGAGGUUACCUGCUUCUUCCACCAGGGAAGGAAACAAAGGUGACGAAAGAGGGCCGAUGAACUUCGAAUGGGGAGUAAUUCCCUUUCUUAGGCAUGUUUUAACGACAAAGGUGACGUGUAAAGUUCAAAAUGCAAUACUUCAAAGGUAUUGGCAAUGAAGUCAUUUUGGCUCUCGUGGCUCCUACUUUUAUAUUUUUGAUCUUAGUGGCCAAGUUCUUGUUUGAACAGUUUACUCAACCUAAUACCAACAGCAAUGGAGAUAUGUCAACAUCCCGAAGAAAUUGGACCGAUUGGCUCCCUGCUUGGCUGUACCAGCCGGAUACUGAAAGUCCUAGCGAAAGUCCUAACAGAAAUCGGACUCAUUUUAAUACAGAUACGUGUUCAAUCUGCAUUGGUCAGUUUAAGUUCCCAUUAGAAACAAAUUGUGGCCACCUUUUCUGUGGCCCAUGCAUAUCUGCUCUGACAAGUCAUCAAUUUGCAUUACGUGCUGUACGAUGUCCACUGUGCCGACAGUCUGUCUCUAUAUUUUAUGAAUGCUUCUCAGAGGAAGAACUGCAUACUGAAUCUGAAGAGCGAAACUCAAUUAGAGAAAUGGUUCAGUAUUAUAAUCGUAGAUUUUCAGGACAGCAUUCUUCUCUCUGGUCUCAUCUUCGUGACUUUCCUACAACAGUACGUCAUAUGUGGCGAGAAAUUUUGCGAUCUGAUGGAGACACUGCUCACACAAUAUUCCGUUUGCGAAUCGCUCUCUUCUUUGCGGCAGCUGUCAUGUACUUGGCUUCACCUCUCGACUUGGUCCCUGAGGCUGCCUUUGGUGCACUUGGGCUUUUGGAUGAUGUUAUGGUGGUUGUUCUCCUUGCAAUUUACCUCAGUAUCUUGUACCGACGAUUAGUUGUGAGCAGGGGACAGGGGAUGAAUCACGUUCUCACUUGAAUAUCAUUUGAGUAAUGUGGACUUGUCAUGGAAAUGUGUAUUGGUUUGGGAUCAACAUUUUGUAGUUAUUUGCCUAGUCAUUAUGUGAUGAGAACUUUGUUUUUCAAAGAGUUAAAAAGCAUAUUUCAGUUUGCCAAGCAACAUGAUUCGUAUUCGAAUGAGUCCAUUGGGGUCACUUCCUCAUAGGUUUUCCUUUCUUGUUACACCCUACUAUAGCGUUUGAUUUUUAGCUUAUGACCUUCAUUGUUUUAAGCACCUCCUUCAGUUCUGUGAAAGCUGUAACUUAUGUAGUGAAUGUUUUAGAAUAGCUUAAAGACUUUGUGAUGUAUUUAUUAAUCAUAUGAAAAAGAGAUUUUUUUUUUCCAACUCUAAUUAAUAGAAUGUUUCUUUUAACUUUGUGAGACUGAUGUAAUAUUUUUAAAUGUAUGCUACCACAUGUUAGGAGUCCAACAAAAUUAUGUAUGGUAUGUAAAAUCUAGGUCAAGAAUUCACCCUCUUGCUUCAAGGUAGAUAACCUUUCCUUUCUGAAUAACAUGUGCAAUAAAAAUAACAGAAAUAAAUUAGUCAGAUCUG